AUGGACAUAAGGCGAAGGCUAAUUGAGGCUGCUCGUAAUGGAGAUGUUCAUGAGCUGCAAAAUCUGAUCAAAGAAGAUCCUUUCCUGAUGAAGACUGGAGCAUUAUUAGGUGGAGAAACUCCUUUACAUAUUGCUUGUAUGGCGGGAAACCUGAGUUUUGCGAAAGAGGUUCUAAAUCUGAGUCGAGAAUUCGCAAAAGAUUUGAACAAUGAAGGUUUCAGUCCCUUGCAUAUUGCUGCAGCUAAUGGGGAUUUAGAGAUUGUAAAGGAGUUUUUGAACAUAGAUCCUAAUUUGUGUAUGGUUAAGGGAAAAGAGAGAAGAAUUCCCCUCCAUUGUGCAGUGAUCAAAGGCAGAAUACAAGUCAUUGAAGUACUGAUUUCAGCCAGUGAAGAUAGCAUAAGAGAAGUGACGGCACGUGGUGAAACUUCUCUCCAUCUGGCCGUGAAAAACAACCAGUUUGAAGCCCUUAAGAGCCUGGCAGUGCACCUGAAGACCUAUGAUAAAGAGUAUAUAUUGAAUGAAAAGGAUGCACAAGGGAACACCAUCUUGCAUCUUGCAGCAUCCAGAAAGCAAUACGAGGUUGUUAAGUUGAUGCUGGAUGAGGAAUUUGUGUUGGAGGUGAAUUCCUUGAACGAAAGGGACCUUACACCACUUGACGUAUUACUAUCAGAAGGGGGUGAUGGUGAAAUUGAGGAAAUGCUUAGGCUAGCUGGGGCUUCAGCGCGACAGACAACACAAACUGAGAACAGGGUCGUUCCCACUCGUGAUCCAAAUGAAUCAAGGGGAGAGAGGCCUCGGAAGCCCUACGAUAAAUUGCAGGACUACUUCAAAUUUGACAAAGCUAAAGAGACUCCAAGUGAAGUCCGAAGUACAUUGCUUGUGAUAGCUAUAUUAAUCACAACUGCAACAUAUCAAGCCGUCCUUAGUCCACCUGGUGGUGUUUGGCAGGAAGACUCUAGUCCUACCAGUAACAGUAACACCACAAAGCCACAUACUGCUGGAAAGGCAGUGAUGGGAACACAGAAUUCAUCUUCAUUCGGUCUAUUCCUGAUUUUCAACUCAAUCGGGUUUUUCACAUCUGUUCAGAUGAUAUUUUUUCUCACUUUUGGAUUCCCUUUACAAUUGGAAUUGAAAGUCUCACUUGUGGCACUCUCAGUAACGUACGAUACCUGUAUGACCGAGAUGGCAACUGGCAAUCUAUCCCUAUUGUUUGUUAUCAUUUCCAUUGCUACGCCAUUAACGAUGGGCAUUCUUUCAAAGGUGGCCAGAGAUUACUGUGUCUGUAAAAAACCAUCAGGUACAUCGCGGACUGCCUAA